AACGGUGCGUGAUUCACAAACCUUAUUUGUUCCUACUACUUUGAGCGCCAUCUUGUUUGUAACUCUUCUACGUAAGUGGUAGAGUUUCUACCGUGGGGGUAUCCGAUUACCCUUUUAUUCCAGCGUUAGACGGGGAACUUCUCCCUGUAGUUCUCGGGCGCAUAUUGCAAUUUGCUUUAUCGCCUUUCUCUUAAAAAAAAAUAAGCCACAGAAAUGAGCAUCGAAACGCUUCUGGAAGCGGCCAAGUUUUUGGAAUUGCAAGCCCAGCAACAACAGAAAGCACGUGAGGAUGAACUAAAGGAAAAGCAGCGCUUGGAGCAGUUGGCAGAGCGGAGGCACUCUGAUGUGAACUAUAACUCAACAAUCCACAUCAACAAUGUUUCUAAAGCAGAGGAGCUGCGCACUGAGUGCCGCGCUGUGCCCAUCCCACCCUCUCUGCCUCCCCCCUCCAUGCCCAUCACUGUCAUCCCCAUCCCGGUGGUCACCCCUAACCCUACAGGCUCACCCACUCUGCCUGUCGCCACACUCUGCCCUCCAGCUGCUCCACCACUUGCCGCCACUCUGCCACGCUCUCCACAACCCAAACCUGAGCACCCGACCUCUGUGCUAACCACCAACCACAAGCAGCUGAUACAGAACCACCAUCAUCACCCACAGCUCAUCGCCCAAACUAACAGUACUAAACUACAGCAGCAGACACACCAGCAGCUGGUUCAGCGCUACCCUGGUUCUAUCGUCUCGCCCCCCCAGCAACAUGCCUUACUGCCUCAGUCGGGCCAUGUAGUCCAGCAGGCUCCUCUACAGAACGGCCCCGUCAGCCGAGGGAGUCCUCCUGAUGAUGGCCGCCACCUAGACAAGAAGAGGCCUGGAGGGGCAGGCACAAGAGAAGUGCAUAACAAGCUUGAGAAAAACAGACGGGCACACUUGAAGGAGUGCUUUGAGACACUGAAAAAGAACAUCCCCAACAUAGACGAGAAGAAGACCUCCAAUCUGAGCGUGCUGAGAAGUGCGCUGAGAUACAUUCAGACGUUGAAGCGGAAAGAGAAGGAGUACGAGCACGACAUGGAGCGACUGGCCAGAGAGAAGAUAGCCACGCAGCAGCGAUUAGCAGAGCUGAAGAACGAUCUGAGCCAGUGGAUGGAUGUGAUUGAGAUUGACCGCAUCCUGCGACAGACAGUACAGCCAGAGGAGGACCAGGCCUCCACCUCCACUGCCUCAGAAGGUGAAGACAUUAUGGCUGAUGACCUGGAAGAUGAGACUGCACCUAGAGCGCAGACUGCCUUACCCACAGUGCCUCAAACCAUGAAACCUGAGCUGCACAAGACUGCAACACCCACUCACACACCCACCACUACCUCCUUCAUCACCCAACACAUCUCCAUCCAGCAUAAAGUCCCUCUGCACCAGCCUCAGCUCCAGCCGCUGACAGUGACUCCUCCUCAGCCAGUGUCCAAGCCUGCUGCCCCACCUAUACUCACCACAUCCAGCCCUCACACUGCCCCCAGUCAGCCCUUGAUUCCCACACAUACACAGAUGGUGACUGCUUCCAGCCUACAUCCCACCGUUAUUGCCCAUGCUUCAGUGUCUCAUCCCUCAGUCAUCCAAGCAGUCAACCACGUCAUCCAGGGAGGGGGUCCCAAACAUAUUGCCCACCUGGCUCCCUCCCCCACCACCAGCACUGUGCAGUUAGCCCCCGGCCACCAACCCAUCGGCCACAUCACCGUGCACCCGGUGGCUCACCUGAGCCAGCAUCUACCUACCCUCUAUUCCCAACCGGUGGCUGUCACACAGUCAGCUGUGGUUGGUCACAUCACCCACACCCUAAACCACACCCACCCGCACAUGAACGGCACUGCGACUAGCCAACCAGCUGCCACCAUAGUUGGCAAGCAGACAGCAGUGAGCACCCAAAUGGUGGCCCACCACCCACAGCUAGUGGGCCAGACAGUGCUCAACCCUGUGACAAUGGUGACCAUGCCCUCCUUCCCCAUCAGCACUCUGAAGCUGGCCUGAAGACUGCCAACAGGACUCCCAGGCUGCG